AUGUCAGAGGAUACCUUCUACCAAACACUCGAACUGGCACUCGACCAACCGGUAGGAUGUCUCAGUAUGAGCCCAGAGAACAGAGAUAUCGUACUAGGAGCGCGAAAAGGUCUCUUCAUCAUCGAUCUUCACCAUCCAUACGACCCACCAAGAUUCCUGGCACACUCGGCUACUUGGGACGUAGCAGAUAUACAAUGGUCACCUCAUCCAGAGAGAAGGAGUUGGGUAGCAUCAACGUCCUCUCAGAAAGCUUUGAUCUGGAAUCUUGACCUGCCGUCACCAUCAGCCUUGGACUCAAACUUACAACCACUAAGGACUAUCCAAUCACCAAUCCAGUUUGUGCUCGAAGCACACACUCGAGCAAUAUGCGAUAUCAAUUGGUCGGUCUUCAAUGUAGACGUACUGGCCACCUGUGCAAUUGACUCCUGGACUUACACAUACGACCUACGUCUCGGUGGUAAAACAGCCGUGCAAGGAUUCUGUGCCUGGAACUCACCUGCCACACAAGUCAAGUGGAACCGGCAAGACCCUCAUCUCCUUGCUACCUCACACGACUCCCGAGUCUUGGUCUGGGAUACUCGCAACCCUGCCGAACCUAUUCUUCAAAUCAAUGCCCACAACGAGAAGAUCUAUGGGAUCGAUUGGUCACGUCGAUCUUCUGAUGGCUUGGUCACGUGUAGUUUAGAUAAAACUGUGAAGUUCUGGUCUACCAAUGCUAUUCAGCAUCCAAUCAAAACCAUUCAAACCUCUUCCCCCGUCCGUCGGGCACGCCACUUACCGUUCGGACAUGGUGUCAUGACCUUGCCUCAGCGCUCCGAUCACGUGCUCAAGAUGUGGUCGGCCGAUCAGCCCUCGACCCCGAUUGCAAGCUUCUCGGGACAUGAAGAUGUUGUCCGUGAAUUUGUCUGGCGGACACGCGGAGGAGCCAAUUCGAACUUUGAUGAUCGGCAGUUCCAGCUGGUCACCUGGGGAAACGACCGCAAGCUGAGGCUCUGGCCAAUCAGCACCGAAACAUUGAAGAAGGCGGGCUUCAAGCCGGGUGCACCGAUCGACGUCAGAGUGACCAGGAAAGCGACCUCGGCUAAUCGCAGCUUCCGCCAAUCCAAUCUCGUCGUACCCUUUGUCCCCAGCCCGUCAUCCAUGUCUAUCUCUCCCUUCAGGUCUGGCCGAGCCAGUCAUGCAUCCUCAUAUACCUCAUCAUCAAUCGCCACUCGGACUAUCCAAACCCAUCAUCCUGCCUCACCGCGCCCUCACAGGCCCUCAGCCAACCAGGCCUCAAAACCGGCGGGAUCGAGCGAUCAUGUCCGCCAAUCUCGUAGCCUAGUAGUUCAAGAUCGUCUCAAUCGUCAUCCUGGCUACAUGACGGCCCAAGCUACCGCUGGUCAGCUCAAUACACCCAGUCACAGACUGACAUGGAUGGAAGGUGUCAAGCUCUAUCGCCCGUCGAUCAACGAAAGCCCUCGUACCACUCACCCCCGAAGUAGCUCGGCCAUUCCCCAGCUCACCCGGUCCCUUUCGCGUGACCGACAAACCCAGGCUUCAAUCGCCGAUUCACAACCCACCCCGAUGUCUGCGGGACCCCAAACCUUGGGCGAAGAGCUCACCGCCGCCCAACGCAACUUUCCACGAAUCACCUUCGAACAAAUUGCCGUCCAGAGUCGAACGUGUUCGGUUGGACUCUACGGACCAUGGGCCGCUCGAGGAGGAAUUGCCUUUCUCCGGAUCAUGUUCUCGUUCCCAAGGCACUACCCAGAGCUGAAGCCACCAUCUAUCGAGAUUGAGCGUAGUUCGGACGUCAGCGCUCGGACCCGGGCCUUCCUACUCAAAUCGGCCCGAGAACUAAUGCGUGAUCAUGUCCAUAGCCGCAAACCGGCGGCCUUCGAGUCAUGUCUCAGAUUCCUCCUCGGCGAUCGCUCAGCCGCUCUCGAGGCCGCCAAGGUAGACCGCUUCGUCGAUUCUGAUGAGGAAAUGCGUGAACCCACCCCGGGCAUGCGGCCGGAUGUGCUUCAAAAUAAUGUCAGUGUUCCGUCGCCCCGCCAAGCUGGAGCGUGCUUUACAGCCGAAGGCCGUCUGAUCAUCUUUUAUUGUGGCGAUUUCCGGACCGUCCAAAGUCCCAAAAUCGACAUGGCGUUUCCCAAACGGAACUACAAAUUUGAAGCCUUUGGUAGUCUGGCUGUCACUCCGAUCACUAGCAAGAACCGGGGUGGUUCACGGGGGGAUAUGGACGAGGAAUCGUCCGAAUCGGACGACGCCCUGAAGUUGCCCAUGUCUCGUCGGAUAAGAAUGCAAUCCGAUUUGCUCUCAGCUCCAGGACCGCUUCCCGCCCGAGAGAUUUCAACCCUUGUCACUGUCCGUUCACUAUCCAUGCUGAAGCCUUUGCCAAUCCCCAAGCUGGAGAGUCGGGACCCGAUUGUGGUCAUCGAUAGUCUUUUGAACCUCACCUCGAGCGUCGAUGAUCCUGUUCGCUACCGCACUUGGGCCUUGAUCCGUCUCUUUAUCCUCAGCUUGAAGAAGGGCGCUGCUCAGGAAGACUAUCGGGUCAGUAACUCUGCAGUCUUCUUGGAGAUCUUAAAGUAUCUUCGAGGUAUUCAUGAUUUGGAAACGCUGGGUUAUAUCGCUUGUGUGAUGGAGUUAAAUAGACGAGAAUGUGGAAUGCAGACGCACCGACGAUUUGAGGACAAUCGGCUUGUAAGCAACGACGACCGACCGGCACCGACAACGGAUUAUUUCAACUCUAAAGGGGUCGUGAGCGCCCACCGAUCGGCCUCGAAACCGAGCCCUGCGGGUUCCGUGCUACUGCAGACUCCCGAUCUCCCAAUGGCAGCCGAAGCCGCCCAGUCGCCCUCCAAAGGCUCGUCGUGGAGUACCUUUUUCCUCUCCCUGACCCAGGGUGCGAGUCUCUCAAACCCCACCGUACCUAGCGCUGGCCGGAGCUCGAAUGCUUAUGGCAGUGGGACUACUCCCUCGCCUGAUCGGGCCGUCGCCAUGCUCAAACAGCAGCUGGCCGGUAGCACUAAUUCCCUACCCGCUCCUCAUCAAUCCUCCGAUGGCAAUUCCAAUUCUAUGAAGCGGGACCCCGCCAGAUCUCGCCUCGAUUAUCUCAACAACGAUGGACGGAAUGUUAAUCCUAGAACACCCCACAUUUUUCCCGUCAAGGCGACCUCCAAUACUCGGCGUAAACGACAGAUCGUGGUCAAAAAAGUCCAACCUCCUCCUGAGGAAGAGUUUUUGUCGAUCGAUGACGAUCCCAUCCUUCAGGCAGAAAUGGAGGGUUAUAAACAUUACCUUUGUGACUUGUUGAUGAGAAGAGGUAAGCUGAUCGAGCGGACCAUGGUUGUUAAGUUGUUGAGAGUCCCUUCAGACACUGAAUGGGGGCAGGCGACUAUCGACCCGAUGUUCUCAGAACGGGCACGACUGUUGUCUGGGCUCGAGCGACCAAGCCAAUGCGGAGUCGAAUUGGUCCUUCUGUGUCCUUCCUGUGGCUCCCCUCUGCCCCUGACUAAUCGAUCGACAUCCCUAUCAUCAUCCUGUUCGACGUGUAAUCGGGCCCGGCCAGUAUCGCAGUGUGUAAUCUGCCAUCGGCCGGUCGUCGGCCUGGCCCGCGACUGCGUCAACUGCUUUCAUGGUGGUCAUGUCGAGUGUAUGUCCCAGUGGUGGGCCGCUCGGGGAUGUUGUCCGACUGGAUGUGGAUGCGAAUGUUCUUCCACAUCCCUCCCGCCCAGCUCAACCCUCUCCUCAAACUAUUGCCAAAAUCACAAUCAGUGCCCGCUCGACUUGGCCACCAUUGACUCGAACUCAGUCAUCACUGAGCUCGCUCCUUCAGCUGGCUCUUGUCUUUUCUCGGAACAGAUGCGCAGGAGUAGCACUGUCACUGUCUCGGGACUCCCAUGA